AUGGCCACUCAAGUGCCAGCUGCGCUGAAGGCAGCCGACAUUACCCGCUUCGCCCACCGCGCAGCCCAACUCGAGAAACCCAAACCUAUCAUAGCAUACUGGUGUGAAUACUGGAUCGUCAACCAAAUCCUAUCCAAAGGCCUGCACAAUGCGGACCAAGAGAGCUUGGCCUACACUACAACAUUGAUGGACAAGCUGGAACAGUUCAAAGCCGAACAUGCCCAAGAACCUGCGGUGACUGACGACGUCGUUGGAAAAGCAUACGUGGAGCAGUUUGGUCUAGAAACAUUUGAAAGAGCAGACAAUGCGGUGCGUGCAAACAAGGCUUCAAGGCAGACGGCAGACACUUUCCAAGCUUCGGCGACCUUUCUCGACCUACUCCAGAUCUGGGGAGCCGUCGAACCCGAAAUUGCGGCCAAAAUAAAGUUCGCAAAGUAUCAUGCCUUGAGAAUAGCGAAGGCGUUGAAAGCCGGAGAAGAUCCAAACCUGUCCAACCCAAAACCGCAAACUCCAAGUGAGGAAGCUCUCCCUGUUCUGGACCUGGACGAUGCAGAGGUAAAAGCGUUAGAAGGAGGCAGAAAAGGCACGAAACCCAGGCAACCCUCUGUCGUUGAAGUGCCCGACGAGGCCCACAAGAUUCAGAGGAGCCUCGCGCAGAAGUCGCUGCUCGAUGAAUCUCUACAUCCCUCGAGAGACACAUCAGUGCCACCUCCAGCCGCCAGGCAACCUUCGGUCACUGACGUUCCUGACGAAGCAGAUCGGAUACAGAGCGAGCUUGCUCGACAGUCAUCCAUUGAUCAAUCUCUCCAUCCCUCGAGAACUCCUUCUGUUCCACUAGGGAAUGACGUUUCUCCCUUGCCGGAACAAGAUCCUGCUGCGUUCUACACCAAUCGGGCCGAGCCAGGUGAUAUCUCUCCACUAGAGCCUCCCUCUGACCGAAAACCCUCAACAGGAGGGAAUUACUUCCCUGUGGUACCAUCAGCUCCAACGCAGCCCAUUCUCCCAUCGCCACCAACAACAGUGGGCGGACCUGCGCCAGACUUGCCCUCUACUCCUUCCAGCCUGGGGAAAGUUAACACUGAUAUUUCCCCAGCACCGUCAGAACCCUCCCUUACAUCCGCACGAAGCGAGCUCGGUGCCGCUCUCAAUCAACCACCCCGUCACCAAUCCCCCCCGCUUCCGCCUCACCGCCACGGCACUCCCCUUCAACAAGCCCCGACAGAUCAAUCUUCCCGGAUCCCUUCCAAUUUUCAACCACAGGUCCCGCCGCCUCAACCUCCAGCCAAUCCGCCACAAAUACGACAAGCCCGGGGUCCUGUACCAGGCAUUCCCCACCAGCAGGAAGCACAUAGGAUUAUCCCAGCGCCAUCGCCGAUUCAUCCUACGCGAGGAGUGGCAGUUCGACCUCCACAACCUCAGCCGGUUAGUGUCGAAGUCGAUGAAGAGGCGAUCCUGAGGGCGCAGAAGCAUGCCAGGUGGGCUAUCUCUGCAUUGAAUUUUGAGGAUGUGCCAACCGCGAUUGAGGAGCUGAGAGGAGCAUUGGCAUGUUUGGGUGGGACAUGA